AUGACUUGUGUUGCAGCAAAGCAGAUGAGUCCCACUUAUAAUCAAGAUGCAGAAUUUGCUUACGGAGCAGGCCAAAUUGACCCUGUUAAGGCUGUGAAUCCCGGCAUGGUAUAUGAUGCCACGGAAAUAGACUGCAUAAGCUUUUUAUGUGGACUAGGCUACAGCCAGUCAGUUUUACAGCUAAUCACAGAGGAUGUCAUUAGUUGCUUCGACACUGUAUCAGCAAGAGAUUUGAAUUAUCCAUCCUUUGUUCUCAAAGCUCCACGCCCCAAACAUCACCUAAGUGGAAGCUUUAAAAGGACUGUUUCAAAUGUUGGAUUACCGAUGUCGAUAUAUAGAGCAAUUGUGACAGUACCUAAAGGACUCACUGUUUCAGUAAACCCCAGUGUUUUGUCGUUCACUUCACUGGGAGAAAAAAAAACAUAUGUUCUCACCAUAGAAGGAAAACUAAAGAAGUCUAUCAACUCGGCUUCUUUAGUUUGGGAUGAUGGAAAUUUUCAAGUAAGGAGUCCAAUUAUUAUUUUUGAUGAACGAGCAGAGAAAGGCGAGAGUACAAAAUUAUAUUGUAUAAAUUUUAUUUAUAUUGUAAUUUUUAAUUUACUAUUUUAUAUCAUUAUUGAAUAAAUGGUAUUCUUUGUUCAAAAGAAAUAUUGUACAUUAUUAUUGAAUAAAUUGUAUUCUUUGUUCAAAAGAAAUAUUGUACGCUUGUUAAAAAAAAUAAAAUUUCAUAUUAUUCUUUGAA